GUUAGCAUUAAUUUGCAGCAUUCAAUUUUAUCCAAAAACCAAAGCUAAUUAAAUUUUAAAGCUAUUCCCAAAAAAGAUGGUCGAGCAUAAAAAAUGAUUCCAAGUUCUCCUUAGAAACCUCAUGUGCUGAAGCUUUCAAAAUUCAAACUCAGACGGUAUCACACUCUACCCGUUAAACCCAAACAGGCAUAGGUUUUUCUCAUCAAUGGCGCCCAAGGUUCUCAUGGUGGCAGAAAAGCCGAGUAUUGCUCUCUCGAUUGCCUCUGUGCUCUCUGGUGGCAAAAUGUCAACACGGAGAGGUAGUACUGAUGUUCAUGAGUUUGAUGGGGUGUUUCUUGGUUAUCGUGCUCAAUUUAGAGUGACUUCGGUUAUUGGUCAUGUGUUCAGUGUAGAUUUUCCAGCAUCAUAUCAAGACUGGGCAUCUACAAAUCCUUUGGAUCUUUUCCAAGCACCAAUUCAUAAGACAGAGACAAACCCCAAGGCUCACAUUUGUAGGCAUCUAAGCAAUGAAGCUCGUGGGUGUGGACAUCUAGUAUUGUGGUUGGAUUGUGACCGUGAAGGAGAAAACAUAUGCUUCGAAGUAAUUGAGUGCACUGGAUUUCACGGGAAUGAUGGGAAAAGAGUAUACAGAGCUCGGUUCUCUUCUGUUACUGAAAAAGAUAUUCAGAAAGCCAUGAAUAACCUUGUUCCACCUAAUAGAGAUGAGGCACUCGCUGUAGAUGCACGCCAAGAGAUUGAUCUGAAAGUUGGAGUUGCAUUUACACGUUUCCAGACUAGCUAUUUUAAUGGAAAAUAUGGCAAUCUUGAUGCCAGAGUUAUCUCGUAUGGGCCAUGUCAAACCCCGACACUUGGAUUUUGUGUUGAACGCUACCUGCAAAUUACUACAUUCAAGCCAGAAAAAUUUUGGAUGCUGAAUCCAUAUAUAAUGUAUAAGGGAUAUGAACUUAAAUUAGAAUGGGAGCGUAGCAGGUUGUUUGAUGCAGAUGUUGCUGUGUUGUUUUGUAAUGUAAUAAGAGAGGAUGGAAUCAUGAAAGUUGUUCGUAUAUCCGAAAAUCAGGAAUGCAAAGGUCGCCCUUCUGGUUUGAACACAGUUAAUCUUCUGAAGGUUGCUUCAAGUGCAUUAGGAUUCGGUCCACAUUUGGCUAUGCAAUUAGCAGAGCGUCUUUACACACAAGGUUUCAUCAGCUACCCACGUACAGAAAGUACAGCGUAUCCUUCUUCUUUUGACUUUAGAAGCGCACUUGGAGCAUUGGGAUGCAAUCCUUUGUUUGGUGAUUAUGCAAAGAGGCUGCUAUCUGAAGGCUAUGUUAAGCCACGGUCAGGGACUGAUGUUGGUGAUCAUCCUCCAAUAACACCGAUGCGUUCAGCUGCUGAGGAUACUUUGGGGAAUGAUGCUUGGAAGCUCUACCAGUAUAUUUGCCAGCAUUUUCUUGCAACUCUAUCUCCAGAUUGCAAGUAUAAAAGGACGAGAAUUGAUUUUGAAUGUGGUGGAGAGCUCUUCCAUUGCAUUGGGCAGCUUGUCACUUUGAAGGGAUUCACGUCCAUUAUGCCAUGGCUAGCAGUUAGUGAGAAAAAGUUUCCCGAGUUUCUUGAAGGGGACAAAAUAGCAAUUUCAAAAGUUGAUUUAGAUGAGGGAAACACUAUGCCUCCCGAUCACCUAAGUGAAAGCGAGCUGAUCUCGUUGAUGGAGAAAUAUGGAAUAGGAACUGAUGCAUCUAUUCCUGUUCAUAUCAACAACAUAUGUGAACGCAACUAUGUCCAGGUGCAGGCUGGACGGAGAUUGUUCCCCACUCCUUUAGGGAUCAGCUUGAUAAGAGGUUAUCAGUGCAUAGAUCCGGAUCUUUGCUUGCCUGACAUUCGAAGUUUCAUAGAGCAACAGAUCACACUUGUAGCUAAAGGGCAAGCAGAUCAUUCUUUGGUUGUGGAGCAUGUUCUAGAACAGUUUAAAAGGAAGUUCAGCUAUUUUGUUAAGCAGAUUGAGAAUAUGGAUGCAUUGUUUGAAGCACGAUUUUCUCCACUAUCUGAGUCUGGGCGCCUACUAAGUAAAUGUGGCAAAUGCUUGCGCUACAUGAAGUAUGUAUCUACGCAGCCAUCACGACUAUACUGCAAUACUUGUGAGGAAGUUUAUUAUGUUCCUCAAAAAGGAACAAUCAAGCUAUACAAGGAACUAGCAUGCCCUCUGGAUAAUUUUGAGCUAUUAUUGUUCAGCAUACCCGGGCCAGAGGGCAAGUCAUUCCCAUUCUGUCCCUAUUGCUACAACUGUCCUCCAUAUGAAGGGAUUGCCACACUAUUCGGCGCCCCUAGAUCGGGGGGUACCCCAGAUUCUGCCAAGCUGGGGAAGGGAGUUGGAAUGCCUUGCUUUCUGUGUCCCCACCCUACAUGUCAGCAUUCCAUGAUAACUCAAGGGGUCUGUGCCUGCCCAGAAUGCAGCGGAACCCUUGUCCUUGACCCAGUUAGUGCCCCCAAGUGGAGGCUAAACUGUAACACAUGCAACUGCCUUGUCUUUCUGGCUGAAGGUGCCCAUCGCAUUGCCACAACCAGAGACCGGUGCCCUCAAUGUGACUCCACCAUCAUAGAAGUCGACUUCAACAAGAAAACAACACCGUUGAAGGAUGGAAGCACACUUCAUAAGGGAUGCAUUCUCUGCGACGAGCUUCUUCAUUCUUUUCUGGAAAUGAAACAUGCGAAAUCGUUCUCUAGGCACUGGAAGGGAAGGGGUAGGGGGAGGGGAAGAGGAAGAGGGAGGGGGCGAGGGCCGGGUGGUAGGAAACAAGACCCCAAAAUGAGUUUUCGGGACUUCUAGCUAGUCAGUUUUCCUCAGUUUUAUACUUAUAGUAGUUUGUAUGUACAAUUUUGAGGUGUGAUUUGGUGAUCUUUCAUUGUAAUUUAAAUUUCCUACUGUACUAGCAGAUACGGAGUACAUAUCAGAGUUUUUGGUAGAAUAUAAAAACUUUUUCUUCACGAACAAUUAUAAAUUUAAGUUUUUGAU